ACGAUGCAAACCUAUUAGUAAUUUCCUACAAAAAUCCGAUUUCGACACGAUUUAUAAAUGGCUACAACGAAGGUCAAUCGCAAUCGAAGCAAAGUCGCCGUCAAUCGUACCACCACGACGGCAACGGUCACGGAUAAAUGCAGUCUGUGGCUGGUGGUACUGACGGCAGUAACGAUCGUACUGGUCGUGAUAGUAGGCGUGUGCGUGAAGCUCCUGCUCGAGCCGUACGUCGCCAGCGUGAUAUUAGUGGCGUUGAUCGGAAUCGAGUUGCUGUUGGGCGCUAUCGUACUGACGGUGCUGGCUUGCAGGAGAAAGAGAUACGAACCGGGGGGCACAAGUGGUCGAGCGAACGGGCAGGAGUAUCGAAGGGUUACCCCGAACGCUCCCCCGCAGGAGGAAACCUCCUGGGAGUACUCCAAUAGGACGACGUUAAACGCUUGAAUGAGUUAUACGUAAUUGUAAAUAGUACAAAUCGAUAAGAUUGAUAAUGUAACGAGAAUAUUAGAAGGCGUAUGUACGGAUUAUGCUAAAUAAAGUAUUGUUUUUUUACUGUUUA